AUUUCCAAGAUGAGCAAAAGAACUCACCAAAGUAGAAUUUUAAUCCUUGGUAUUUAGCCAAUUGGUGAUCUUCUUAUUUCGAUUUGAAUUUCAAAAUAAAAGAUCAAAAAAUGCAACUAAAGAGAAAUUCUAUGACCCACUUGAACAAGCCAAAUUCACAAUUAUUACUCUUUAAGAAUGCUCAUAACCAGUGUUUAAAACUUCGACCACCAUUGGUUUUGCCUAUUCCCGAUACUGCUAUCUGCUUCUUUAGCAGGGAGAAGUAAAUUUACAAUGUGAUGGGCCGCUACGAUAUCACUUUAGACAACAAAUUGUUUUAAAAGAUUUAUUUAUUUAUCAGUUGUUUGUCCCUUCCAAUCUAUUUUGUUUCUCAGAAAACUGAGUGUAGGCGUCUGAAAAACUCUUACAUCUGCAAGAUUUAGUCUUCAAAUCUGUAACUUUGGUCUCUUGAUCUUCAACCCAAAGUUGCCAAGCAAGGUUAGAUUUGUUCAACAAAGAUUGGAUUCUACUCUCAUCUAUUCAUUUUAGGCCCUGAUUCUUGAAAUCAAGUGAUUAUUAAGGUCCCCAUGGAUCAUACCAAUUCAAAGAUUGGAACAGAUGCACCACCAAGCAGUACUCCAAACUGGACAAUUAACGUUUCAGAUGCAAGAACAGUUAAAGUCAGUAAUAUCUCACUAGCUACCUCUGAGAAGGAUAUUAAGGAAUUCUUCUCUUUUUCUGGUGAUAUUCAGUAUGUUGAAAUGCAAAGGGAAACUGAAACAUAUCAGCUUGCAUAUGUUACCUUCAAGGAAUCACAGGGAGCAGAUACAGCUAUGCUUUUGACAGGAUCCACAAUAGCCGAUCUUUCAGUCUCUAUAACAUGGGUUGAGAAUUACCAGCUGCCCCCUGAUGCUCCUCCGCUAACCCCUAAGGAGACAAAUUCAAGUCCCAGCGGUUCAACUGUUGAAAAGGCUGAGGAUGUGGUGAGCACCAUGCUUGCCAAGGGCUUCAUCUUAGGAAAGGGUACCCUAAAUAAGGCAAAAUCUUUUGAUGAGCAGCACCACUUGACAGCAAAUGCAUCUGCUACAGUUGCUUCCAUUGACCGCAAGAUGGGGUUUACUGAGAAGAUAAGCAUAGGAACAGCUGUGGUGAAUGAAAAGGUGAGGGAGAUGGAUGAGAAGUUCCAAGUGACUGAAAAGACGAAAUCAGCCUUUGCAGCUGCUGAGCAGAAGGCUAGCAGUGCAGGGACUGCUAUGAUGAGCAAUCCUUACGUAUCAACAGGAGCUUCAUGGUUUUCAAACGCAUUCAGUGUGGUUACAAAGGCAGCUGAGGAUGUCAGCACUAUGACAAAGGAGAAAGUUGAAAAGGCUGAGGAGGAAAAGAAGGAGAUUAUUUUCAAGGAUAGAGAAGCAAUAGUUAACGACUUUGCUCGGGUUCAUCUUGAUGAGCCCUUGGCGGGAGAGCAGCUUGCAGUGGUUAUUGCUAAGUCAGCUGAUGACAAUAAUCCUGCAACCAUAUGAUGCUGCAAUCCUUUUUUCUUUUCCCUAUAGAAACUUGGAUUCCUCGAUCUUUUUGCUGUGUAUCUGUGAUAUAUGGGGAGCAAACAGGUUUUUUCUUUACUUCUCUAUGCUCUAAUAACACCAAGAUUGUGUAUAUUAUAUAUAUAGUAUAGUGUUUCUUUUUAGUCAUUUUACGUAGAAAAAUAUUUUCUGACUAGCAGUCUUUUGGUCCUAUUUGUUUUCCCGGAUCUCGUUUCAAAUAGAAAAAUAUUUUCCGACUAGGAUUUCUUUCGGUUACUUCUUCUGAAUAGGAGUUUGAUCUCAAGUCAAGCUUAUUCUUUUUGUUCUUGUGCUAUUUUCCACCAAUGAUUUUUAUUACCCUGUUCAUUAUUUCAUCUGAAGCUUAGUUCUUGACAGAAAGAGCAGGGUUUGUGUUCUCCAUUUUAGACACUGGAGACAAGUAAAGGAAGCAAAGUUGUUGCUUGCUACAAUUUCUCCAUGGUUUCUUACCGGGAUGCUCCGGUUCAAGUCUUACCCUUCCACCAUGCAGCUUCCCCUUCCCUCAAUUUCCCUCCUAU